ACACAGCAGUUUACAAAAGAUUAUUUACGAACAUUGAUUAAAAAUAUGAUAAAACUGAAGGACUAUGAUUUUAAAAAGCCGAGUGAACAGACUCUGUUUGCAUGCUGGCAGCUCUUUUAGAUGGCUAACUUAACUACAAGAUCACAAACUCUACAGUAGAGUAACACUAGGCUAUGUUUGCUGCAUUAUGAACAUGUAAGCACCUGCCUCUCAUUGAAGAAUGCUCUCUGUAAGGCACACAGUCUAUCCAGCCUCCCUAAUAAAAAAACAGAGAGAGAUGGUUUUGCACAGUCUGGCAGAGGAUUGUGCAAUUCUGAGAUUAGUGGCUAGAACAAAACUGGCAGAUGGAGUUGCAUUCUUUUUAUCCAAUGGCUUUCUGCAAAAGCACUUGUUUAGGACCCAGUGGAAAUGCUGCCAGAUAGGACUAACUUCUUCAUGAGUAAUGGCCAAUCCCUGAGCAGCAAGGAAAGGAAGAGCUCUGAGUAGGAAGCCCUGGAAAGCAGGUUUAAAAUAUUAAAGCAGAAAAGCAGUUUUCUUUCUAACAAUGAUCACACUGAUAAAUGUGAGAUUCUGGAGAUGCAGCUGAUUCAAUGUUUAAACCAGCGUGUACUUACACGGCAGGCGGUUACGGGACUGAAGGAGAGUGGAGCAGUGAUUCCCACGGAAUGCCUUACAAUUUUGCAAAACUAAUUUUGCUGAUCUUUUGUUUGUUCUUCCUUGUGGAGAGCAGAAAGCACAGGAAAAGGAGAUGGACAGGACAAGUAGAGCUGCCGCAAAUAAGUCACAUAUAUAAGAAGAACCACGACAUGACCAAAACUCGGACAGGAAAAAGUGAACAGCUCCUGAGGGUAGAUGACCAUGAUUUCACCAUGAGACCAGCCUUUGGAGGCCCUGCUAUUCCUGUCGGGGUGGACGUGCAGGUUGAAAGUUUGGACAGUAUUUCUGAGGUCGAUAUGGACUUUACGAUGACACUGUACCUGAGGCAUUACUGGAAGGAUGAGCGCCUCUCCUUUCCCAGUCAUACUAACAAAAGCAUGACUUUCGAUGGGAGGCUGGUGAAGAAGAUCUGGGUGCCAGAUGUCUUCUUCGUUCACUCAAAGAGAUCCUUCAUUCAUGACACAACCACUGACAACAUCAUGCUGCGGGUCUUCCCGGAUGGCCAUGUGCUCUAUAGUAUGAGGAUCACAGUUACAGCCAUGUGCAACAUGGACUUCAGCCGAUUUCCGCUAGAUUCGCAGACUUGUACUCUGGAGCUCGAAAGCUAUGCUUACACAGAUGAAGAUCUGAUGCUGUACUGGAAAAAUGGGAAUGAAUCUCUAAAAACAGAUGAGAAAAUCUCAUUGUCUCAGUUCUUGAUACAAAAAUUUCAUACAACCUCCAGACUCGCUUUCUAUAGUAGCACUGGUUGGUACAAUCGCUUGUACAUUAACUUCACGUUACGUCGCCACAUCUUUUUCUUUUUGCUGCAAACAUAUUUUCCAGCCACACUCAUGGUCAUGCUAUCUUGGGUGUCAUUCUGGAUCGAUCGCAGGGCUGUGCCUGCUAGAGUAUCAUUAGGGAUCACGACGGUGCUGACCAUGUCUACCAUCAUCACGGGCGUCAAUGCCUCCAUGCCUCGAGUUUCCUACAUCAAGGCUGUGGACAUUUACCUGUGGGUCAGUUUUGUGUUCGUCUUCCUUUCGGUGAUAGAGUACGCAGCCGUGAACUACCUGACCACUGUGCAAGAGCGAAAGCAGAGGAAGCUGCGAGAAAAGAGCAUGCAAGCUGACUCCGAAUCCCUGACACCACAAAAGCAGGAGUUGGUGAUAGUAGGAACAACAGAGGGAAGGAAACUAAGAUCAGAACUGGGGAAGUCUGCAACCUGGGACUUUGGCAAAGACAAUAUAGGGAGGUACCCAUGCACGUGUGGAAUACCUUCUACAAAAACUAUGAUGCUGGAUGGUAUUUACAGUGAAUCGGAUACCAAUAGCCUAGAAGGGUACCCAAGAGGCCAGAUGGUGGCUGAGGAGGAUAAGCAAGACAAGAUGGUGGUCCAUUUGGCCCUGAAUAAUGAGUCUAACUCAUCAAGGAAGAAAGGGCUGAAGGGACACGUUAGCCUCCGUAUCAUGCAAAACACACACGCCAUUGACAAAUACUCCAGAGUAAUAUUUCCAGGCACCUAUAUAUUUUUUAAUUUAAUAUACUGGUCUGUCUUUUGCUGAAUAUGCUAAGGCAGUGAUUUUCCCAGGAGAUACUUUAAAGACUAUUGUGAUUUUUGAGGCUUUUUGGCCUCUGAGAGAGAAAGCAAUCCCAUCCUCUUGCACCUUUGGAGUGUGUGUUGGAAAGGAGGCACUGCAACACACAAUGCUAUUUGGAGACCGUUCACCAGUGCCAGUUAAUUUAGGCUUCCCAUUCCUUUGUUAAUUUUUGAUAGUCUUGACUUUCAUACUUGAAAACAUCCACCUGUUGGCUUUGGAUCUCAGUCACUGCAUGUGUCUUUUACAAGUGGAUGCUGGCAAUAGGGUGGCCAGAUCUAUACUUUGAAAAGGAAUCUGGAUAUGGAGUUUGCUAUGAAAUGUUGAAAUCAAGGGAAACUGCUACACCCUUAAGGGGAAUGUGGUGGUUUUUAUUAUAAGGGGUAGCAAGCUGACACCUGUAGGGUUUGUUUUGCAACUACUAUGGACAAACCACCCAAGAUAAUCUGCCUGAUAAGAAAAAGGGGCUUCAAAUGGUGACUGAAACUGUCUUGAAAACAGCAGGUUUUCUUAGGAUGCUGUUUAAGAAGGCUGCUUUUACAAGUGAGGUUGCACAUGAUAGCUGGGUAUCCCAGUGUAUUUCCACAAGCACUUUUUAUCUUUCUUCCCUCCUCACAAACUCCUGUAUGUUGCAGGAGGAAAGUUACACCCCCCCAUCUUUAUAAUGUUCCCUGUACAUGGGAACAAAUUCAGUCAGGGGUUAUAGAUCUUCUAGGCAUUCAGUGGACUAAAUGCUAUUGGCUUUUUGGGGAGUAGGGCUGCCUAGGUGAACAUCAAGGAUUAUUUCUUGCAACAUAAGGAUCAGGUUUAGGCAUGGCCCACAAAGCUCUACAUUUUGGUACUCUGGUUUUUUCUUAUUUAUUUGAAUUAGAGAUAAAUAACACUGGAAAUAUGAACCUGAAGCUCAUUCUGAAUGCAAAAACAGCAAAGAGUGGUGCCUUAAAGGUGAACAGGGUUGUUGCGGCAUGAUAUUUUGGGGGCUCAUUUUUGUCAGAUGUAGGAAAUGCUAUCUUCAGUUAUGUAAUACGCACACAUAGGAACACAUACAGAGAAAUUUUUUUUAUAGACAAUAAUUCUGGGCUUUUCUUAAAGGAGGAAAUAUAUAAUGAAGACUCCCAUGUAAAUAUUAAGAGGGGGAUUUCAACAGCUGGGAACCAUGCAGGAAAUGGAGCAGAGAAGUAUCAGAUAAAUAGGCUAAUUUAUCUUCGUUACUUUGCAAUAUAUAGGUACCCCACUCCAGAGAGCCUUGUUUGAAGUAGUAAGAAAGGACAAAGGGGAACCCUGGAAUUAAUCUCCACAUCCCUCAACAGAUAUUAGAAGCUUGUCAGAACUGACAACAUUAACCAACCAGUUGUGUAUGUAACCUUGUGUGCUGGUCCUGAUUUCUCCCCAUGCUGCAAUAUUUUGCACAUGUGCAGGAUUGUACAAAGAAGUCCAAUUCACAAACAGAAGCUCAUUUCUAUAUGUAAUUCAUUCUCUCAGUUAAGUGGGUAUAGGGUUGUAGCUGCACCACAUUGUGCCUUAGUUUCCCCAUCUGUAAAAUAAGGGGUGAUGAACUAGCCUACCUCACAGGAGUGUUUUGAAAGCUUGACUGACUAAGAAUGAUUUCUAAGACAUUUCAGAUUCUUUUUUAAGGCCCAGUGUAAAUGUAGGGUGUUAUUUUUAUAAUGAAUAUACAGGGCCAUAGCUGUCAAUCCUAUUCGGAAUAAGGGAAUUUCCCUUUAAAAAAGGAAAACGUUGACAGCUAUGAUACAGGUUCAGUUUGCAUAUCACAGUAAGUCAUAAUUAAAGGUUUGCGGUGAACAUAGCAAUCUGGGCUGUCUUGCUCUAUUCCCUGCUAAUGCAUAGAGGAUGCAAACCUAAAUCCCUGCCAUAACAUUAUGUCUGAACCAGGGAUUGUGGUUUAUUCUUGACCAGCCAAGUACAAAACCUGGCUUAUCAUCAUGAUUUGUUUAGAGCAGCAGUGGCCUUCAAAGUGGUUUGGUGCUGCUUACCUGGCUUCCCAACGUGGAGGUCACUGCAUGGAGGGUCAAGACAGCUGACAGGUUGGUGCAGUGCAAGUUCUGCAUCAGGACAAAUCUGAUUCUCACUGACCUCCCUGCUGCUUCUCCCAUCUCCUUUUCAGUUACCAUCAACAAUCUCUGUGUUGGUAAGCCAUCCUGUUCUGCCCCGCUGACUGCAGUGGUUUUGAGUGAAACAAAUAAUGAUCCCUGGUUUUUAUGUAGUGCUAAACCAGAGACCAUGGUUUGUUUCUCCCCAGCACUAUGGGAGAGAAGAGCAGGUGUAAUUGAUUCAUGCACAGUAAACCAUGGUUCUGGUUUACUGUGAAGUGCAGAUGUGGUCAGUGUAACUUAACUAAGCAGCCUGCUGCUAAUUAGUAUGUUAAUGCGAAGUAUAAAGAACUACCAGGAAAACUGGUUUCCUAUACAUCAGGCAUGUACAAAGUCCAUUUCGGGGGGCCUAAUCAGCCCACUGGUCAGUUUAAUCUGGCCCCUGUGGUCAACAACUUUGGUCAGCCCUUACAGCCCUUCACUUCAUCAAAUCUGGCCCUCUUUGAAAAAAGUGUGGACGCCACUGCUAUACAUGAAUCAUUCGGAAUUUUCAGGAAUAAUGGGGCCAAGCUAGCCAUGGUUUACCACAAGCAACACCAGUGGAUUUGCACCAGGGAUAAAUGUUUUCCAUGAUAACUGUAAUAAAAUAGUGUGCAUAUAGGUUAAUUUAACUUGCUGUGUAAAUAAUUAUAUUGAAUACAGAUUGCUAUUUAUUUUUACAAGCUCUCUUGCUUAACCUGUCUAGUGGCAGGCGAGAGUUAUUCAUAUGCUACAUUCUGUUUUGUCUACAUGAUCUCUCAUUUAAAUGCUAUGUAAUGAACUUUGUUCUUAAGAGCUUAGCCUUAGGUAACUUAAUAUGCACGUGUGCAUGUAUAGAAUAUAAAACUAAGUGUUUCUAGCAGAUGGAGUUAUGUGUCCUGGACAUGGGUAUGGGUCUGGGAUUGUCAGUUACUGAAAUGACAGUCUUGAGCAGAAGCAUAGUAUUGUUUGACAGCUCUGAGACUGUAUUUGCUGUCUCUGAUUCAAAAUUUUAGCUCGAUAGUGGAUACCAAUAAAGAACAAGAUCUCUUAA